GCAGCGCGGGCGGACUCCCUCCACGGGGCUCGGUCUUCACGGCUCACGGAGAGCGAAUGUCGUCAUGAGCGGAAUGUCGUGUGAUGUCCUUGAACAGACCUAACCACUGAAAAUAGAUGCCCACAGGCAGCCCUGACUCUGACUCUGCUGUGUCUGUGUGUUUUCCAGAACAACAGGACAGUAUGGCCACCACUGUUGCUGUCAGUCCCAGUGAAUAUCUUCAGCCCUCCACUGCUUCCACACAAGACACCCAGCCCUCUCCUCUGGCCCUCUUGGCCGCCACCUGUAGUAAAAUUGGCCCUCCUGCUGCUCAGGCUCCUGUCACGUCUCCUCCAGCGCAGCCGCAGCCUCGCAGGCUCCUCCCCAUAAAGCCGGCUCCGAUCGCCCCAGCUCCGCCCAAAAACCUGAGUUUCCUGUCAGCCAAAGGCAAUGUGAUCCAGCUCCCUGCAGGCCUGGGCUCCACGGCCCCUGGCAGUCCCAUUGUGCUCACUAUCCAACAGAGCCCGGCCCGCACCAACACCUCGGCCCCUGCCAACAUCCAGUACCAGAUGGUGCCUCAGAUCCAGGGCGCUCAGACCAUCCAGGUGAUGCCACAGGGAGGUCAGAUCCAACUCAUACCAGGCACCAACCAGGCCAUCAUCACCACUCCCAUGACCAUGCCGGCCCCGGCAGCCGCCGCCACUCCGGUCACACCACAGAAGACUGUAGCCAUCAAGCCCUCCCCCAAGUUGCGCAAGCCAAACAACUCUGCUGCAAACAUGGUGCAGCUACCCGGCGGGCUCACGCUGCCGCUCAACGUGGCGACCGGAGAGGUGGGCGGGACUCAAAUCAUCACAGAGACAGCAGCUGCCCCUCCCACUCCAGGAAAGGGACGACGAGGGAGGAAGAAGAAAGCGGUCCUGGCUGCUCAGCCUCCGCCUCCUCCUCCACAGGCUGUCUCCCCACCUCCCGAGCAGAUGGAGACCAUCCUGAUAGAAGCUGGUGACAACAUCAUUCAGGCGGGUAACAACCUACUGAUCGUACAGAGUCCUGGGCAGCCAGCUGUGGUGCAGCAGGUCCAGUUGGUCCAGUCCAAACCGGAGUCUCAGGUGGUUCAGAUCCCACAGCAGGCCUUGAAGGUGGUGCAGGCCGCCUCCGCCACGUUACCGACCGUCCCACAGAGACAGUCAGUCCCCUCGAGCCUGCAGGUCACUCAAACAGAUCCAACGCCGACACAGAUCCUCUUCAAAACAGCAUCGGGUGAGUGGCAGUCUAUUCAGGUCCAGGACUCGGUCUCCACGACAACGACUCCCACCACUUCGGUCGUCACCACCACCACCUCGCCACAGGCCGCCACCAAGAGGACGCUGGCGGGGGGUCGGAAGGAACGGACUCUGGCAAAGAUUGCUCCGGCGGGGGGAAUGAUAACGUUGAACACGCCGCAGCUCUCCUCAACAGCUCAGGCGGUGCAGACGAUCAGCAUCAACGGGGUCCAAGUUCAGGGAGUUCCUGUCACCAUCACCAACGCAGGGGGCCAGCAGCACCUCACGGUCCAGACGAUGCAGGGCGGAGGGCUCCAGCUGGCAACGACGCAGGGCCAGCCGGCCAUCCAGGUAGACCAGACCCUCACCCUGGAGCUGCCCGGCCAGCCAGGAGAAAAGAAGCGACGUAUGGCCUGCACCUGCCCCAAUUGUAAAGACGCAGACAAGAGGCCCGGGGAGGUGGGGAAGAGGAAGCACAUCUGCCACAUCGCCGGCUGUGAGAAGACGUUCAGGAAAACGUCGCUGCUCAGAGCUCACGUCCGACUGCACACCGGCGAAAGGCCCUUCGUCUGCAACUGGGUGUUCUGUGGGAAACGCUUCACGCGCAGCGACGAGCUGCAGCGGCACGCCAGGACGCACACAGGAGACAAGCGCUUCGAGUGCAACCAGUGUCAGAAACGCUUCAUGAGGAGUGACCACCUGACGAAGCAUUACAAGACUCACAUAAACACCAAGAACCUGUGAGCUGCCUGUAUACUGAGUGUAUCCACAGACAAACUCUCUGAAACUACAGACUGUAUUAGAGGAAGGAGGGGGCAGAGGAGACGAUACCAAGGGAGUGUCUGUGACUUAUCCUAUUGUGGGAAAUACUCCCAAAAAAAAAGUCCCUAUAAUCCCCUCUCACUGCUCUCGGACACUGUAGCGUGGUGUACAAAGAAAACCCUUCCUGGUGGAAAUUAAUUGAUAAUAGUUUAUCUUUGUUUUCUUCUUCGGUCUGAGCGGUACCAGCUCUGACUGAAUGCGUAAGAUGGCGAGGAUUCAGACGCAGACGCUUAACUCUGCUUGCUUAUUUAUGAACUGCUCUGGGGGAAGAAUGUACACAGAAAUAUACGCCAACACCAAGACCACAGGACUCCAGCUUCCCUCUCUUUUGUUUUUUCUUCUCCCCAAAUCCUGCUUGUUUUUUAUAAAUUUGAUUAGUACGUUGCGGAUGUUCCACAGCAAGCUCCCACAAAUUUGCCGUCAAAACAGGAAAAAAUUCAACACCAUGUUUUGUAAACAGAAAUUUGUUUUACCUCGGAGGAAUGGUAAUUUAGUUUUAAGCUGUUGAUGUUUCAGCAGGAAGUCUCUGCUGAGUGAAAACAUGUACACCCCAAAAAGAAGAAGCUGGGGACCAUUACAUUAAAAACUCCCCUUACACGACUUUUGAAAACCUUUAGAAGUUUACACCGGCUAUUUUUAAAGUGUGUAUAUGCAUACUAUUAAACAUAAUAUUAAUAAUGAUAAUAAACUAUUUAUAACAUUUUUCCAUACAAUUGUUACAGAUUGAUUUACAAAGUAGGUAUGUAGAAUAAAACGGAAGCUGACUCAAAUAAGACUCAAAGUUAAAGGCCUAAACUUUUACAUCACAAACAUAAAGAGGAUGUAAAAACAACAUUUUAUCACGUGCACACAGUUUGCUUUGAGGGUGACUGAUCGGGCUGAGCUCUUCCAGCAGAGCUUUAAAUGCAGUCACUUAGAUGACAAGACCUGAGAACACAAGAGGCCUGGAAGGAGGUUAUUAUGCAGUUCGGGGCCAGAAGUCACUGUGCCUUAAAGGUUCUCAUAAAAUUUUUUAAAUAACUUUGCAAAAAUUGCUGCUGAAAUUUAAAUCGUUUGGUGAGGAUCUCGACUCCUGCCGGAAAAUAUACUUACAGCCGUCCAAAUGCAACGAGAUGGAGGUAAAAAAAAGACAUUUUCUUCAUUGUAAAACCAGAUAAGUUAAUUUAACUGAAGAAAAGUAUUGAAACUGAUUAUAUCGGAAAUUUUAAGUAAAAGUAACUCAAUUUUUUAUUUGUACUGUGAAAAAAAAACAACCUAGUACAGUAAGUAACAGUACUUUAUCAGCAAUGUUUCUUUAACUUAAAAAAAUGUAGACUCAUCCAUUUCAACAACUUAUUUGAGUUUGCUUAAAGUGAGAAGAGAAAGAAGAUCUUUGAUUUGGAUUUCACUCAGUCAGACUUCGUAAAGCUUAGCAAGUUUUCAGAUAUCGUCUUGUGUCUGGUUGGUAGAGUUUUGUGGGCAGGGACAACAUUAUCGGGACAGUUUCUAUCAACAUUAAGGAAAUCUGGACAUUCUUCAAGGCCGUCAGUGAGGCUUUUGAAGUCGAGUCUCCUGUUUUCAGAGGUACAUCUAAAGCUCACACUAGUUAAAAUAACUGAUUAGGUCUAAUGUCACAAACUGCAAACAUAUAAUUGGAGAAUAAUAGAGGACCCAGGAUUGAUCCCUGUGGAACACCAUGUGGACCGUCAGCAGUAUGUUGUGAUCGGUCAUAUCAAACGGCUGUGAGUUGAUCACGGUGAAGCAGGAUGUUACAUCCAUCAGCUGCAAGGAGGAAGAUGUUGGUAACAUCUCAGAUGAUUCAAAGACCUGACGGAAGUGUUCGUUUAUGCUGGCGUGGAAAUACUGUUAAGUCACUUAAAAAUCCAAAAAAUGGGAGUUUAAGACAGUUUUAUAAUUCAAGAGAUCCAGGUUUUGUUUUUUUUCUGUUGAGGUUCGACAAUAAUGAUGAUUUCACAUAUGAAUCUGUGUAUACUACCGAAACAAAUCUUCUUAUCUUUAGAGAAAAACUUUCUGGAGAAGGCUUUCAUUUCCUGUGCUAUCUAAGGGACGAUUGGGCUUAUAUGACAACAAACAACAAACCAAGAGUUUAAGUAAAUAAGACCAAAGUAAAUAAGGUCAGAGAGUUCUCCUGAGUCUCCAGGUGCUAAGGAUUUAAUUCAUUGAUAUAUUAGUAAUAAGAGGAGUCGAUCACCCUGGUGAUAAACCCACUCACACCCCUCUUUUCACUCUGAGAACCAAACCAGGUUGCUACACAGUUGGUUAUCCCUCUUGGAUACCACGAAAGGUACGCUCACGUCUCGGGCUGGGUAUCGAACUUCAGUACUUUUUUGGUCCUGACUGGUACUUGUUGUUUUAUCACAUAGUUCCUGAUUUUUAGAUUUCUGAGUUUUAGACAUUUUUCUGUUAAAGGUUAAAGUUCUCAAAUGGCUGUAUGUUUUUAGACCAUAUUUCAUUUUAACUAAAACUUCUUUUGUUAACCAAAAUGUUUUUUUUGUUUUGUAGUUGAGAGGUUUAAGUUUAGAUUAUGGUGUAUAUUUUAGAAAAACCAUGUUUAUACUUCAAAGAAAGUACAAGUUUGGUACUUGUACCAAACGAUACCCAGCCCCUACUUACACUUUGUGUACUAAUAAAUAAUAACUAAAUUCCAGGGUAACUCUGCUAUUCUGCUUUACUUACAGUAUAAUUUUGAUUUGAUGAUUUGUAGCCUAUGCAUUGCUGUAUAUAUGAUCAGAUUUCCAAGUAUUUGGCCUGACUUGACAAUCACGUCUCGAGAUGAAGAAAACAAACCUUUCUCAGGCCUUCGAUCAGUUACUUUGUACAUGAAUUUUGCCAGCUAUGUGAUAGCUUUAAUUCUUAACUAACACUUGAGAAGUUUUUGUUGAUAUACAGAUGACCAGCAUUAGGCCUAAUGUACAGUAUUCACACAAGUUACUUAAAUAUCUUUUUUGCUUUACAGGAAACAUGUUGUUGCUCAUAUCGUUUUUUUUUUUUUUUGAUAUAAUGAAGAUGUACUGACCUUCUGUGGGAGUUCCUUUCAUUUAAGAAAUACACCGAUGUAUUGUCAAAAUAAGCUUUUUGGUCAAAUUAGCCAUCAGACAGCAGGUAGCUUCUCCACCUCUGUGUUGAGUUUUCACUGUGGUGUGUGUUAAUACUGUGACAUACAUGUUUAAUGGAUGGUGCUGCCUUUGCUAAAAAUGAUCCAACAGCAACUUCUUCUCUGAACACAAACAGAGAAAUUUGACCAAAAAGCUAAAGUCCGAUUUUUAAUUCUUAAUUAUUAUUUUUUUUAAAAAGCGCUUUGAACCAUUUUUUCCUCGAAGUGCUUCACAGGGGCGACAGAUAACGUAAAGCUUAGGUGGCCAAUAUUUGGUGUAUUUUUUUCCAGAAUGUGUCUGAAGACAAGCGAUGCCAUUUGGAUGGAUAGACAGAGCCUGUUCAUAUUUAUGUUUGUAUUUCAUGUCUGAAUAUGUAAAUACAGUGUGUGUCUGGUAGACACGGUAAAUGUAGGAUAUUAGAAAACAAAAGUUAAAGCUGCCUAGUGUUGUGGUUGGCGUGGCCAGCCCUUGAAGGAAGUGGACUUUGUACAGUGUGUAAGGAAUAAAAUAUAAUGUGACAUUGUAUAGCUUCAUUCCUGCUUUGUAUAAGACUUCUAGAUCUUUUUUCUAUUGAAUUAAAGAUGCCUUAGACAGCUGCACCCAGUAUUUAAAGAUGGUUUUUUUUUUGUCUAAUUCCAGGUAACAACAUUUGUGAAGUUCCUUUAUGUUUUUAACUUAUGUUACAUGCUAAUGUAAUGUGCACUGAUUUAAAAUCCCAGGUUCCAAAAAAAUUUGUAAAUUUAAUCUUGAUUGUAAUUAAAUAUAAUGAGAUUUUCCAAAUUAAGACAUUUCUGUUGCUUGGUUUCUGUGAAUUAAAUGCUUCUCCUUCUCCAAGCCUAUAAUGUCAGUUAAUGUUCUGCGGCCAACUGUUUGUGUUCAUCAGGAGAACCCAGAGAACCAGCAAUUUAUUUUAUAACUUGUAUAAAGGUGCUAAAACAUAAAGUUUGCUCCUUUUCUACACGUCACCCCCUCAAAUAAAGAUCUCCAACUGCU